AUGAAGGGGACGCCCGAGACGCCUCAGUGCGGGUUUUCGAGAGCGAGUAUUCAGAUUUUGGGGCUGCAGGGUGUGAACCCGCAGAAGUUUACUGCUUUCAAUGUGCUUGAGGACGAGGAGCUUAGGGGUGGAAUCAAGGAGUACUCGGACUGGCCUACGAUCCCGCAGCUAUAUGUCAAUAAGGAGUUUGUGGGCGGCACGGAUAUCAUGAUGUCGAUGCAUCAGGAUGGGACUUUGGCGAAGCUCUUGGAAGAGAAGGGUGUUCUUGUCGAGGCUGACGAGUCCGAUGCUAGCUCUACCAGCUCAUGA